UGGCCAAACAGACGGGAACAAGAGUCUUGUCAGAAAGGUUUCUACAGGGUUUGAUAGUGGUGACCAGUUUGACACAGAACUGUCAGCCAUUAGGCAAGAAGCUGAACAUUAUCUCACCUUUCUAGACCAAUGUGGCAAGAUGUUCGAGAACAUGCAUUCACUGAAACACAAUACAAGUGAAGUAGUCUCGAGACUGGAAGAUUUAAAGAAACUAGCAACUGAUUUAAAGCAGAAGCACCAAGACCUAAAUGCAGUCAGUAAUAAAGUCAAAGGUUUAGCAACAGAACAUCCGUGUAUGGAUCAAGUCCACAUUGAAAACACUUUGUUGAAUGCAGUUACUGAAAGAUGUCAUGCUCUAGAGAACAUGGCACUUGAGCAAAAGAAUUUUGACAACAGAGUUGGAAAGCUGAGAUUGUGUUUGAAGGAACAGAUGAAUGCUGCUGCCUACUUUGAUUCAGUUAGACUUUCUGCGCGUGAAGUUGAUCAGCAGUUGGACAGAUGCAAGUCUAUGCUUGCUGAGAUUGACAGCCAUGCUCAAGAGGUUGAUCAGAUUAAAUUGAUGGCCAACCGUUUGAAGCAGACCUGCAAUAAUGGUGGCAAACAGGAACUAGAGGCAACUGUUUGCGAAUUAACAAAACAAUAUGAGCAGCUAGUGCAGAGGUUAAAACAACAGCAAGAUAACCUCUGGAACUUGGCAUCUUCACGAAGGAAGUUUGAAAGUGACUGUCACAAAAUUGACAAAUGGUGUGAGGAUACAGCCGUGCUGUGUGUUCGAGGAUUAUCCCUAGAUUUUACAGCUGAGGUUUUAGAACAGCAGUACAGGGUCUUUAAGGUAAGCGGAGU